GACUUGGGCAAUUUAUAUACAUUUCAGGAAAUAUUGCUUUCUCGAGGCCAGCUGAACUAUACUCAUGCACAUAACCCAUAGUUUGGUAGAUCGGCAUAGUGUCUUAAGAUGCCCUAUGAGCUAGCGACUUUUCCAUAUGUCUACUCUCCGUUCCUUUUUAACGCCCGUGGUUCCCGCUUCUGCAUCAUCUGCCAGUGUCUGUUCGCACAGCUUAGCACAGCGAAAGGCCACGCGGUAUGGCCUCGUUCGGUGCCGCAUUAUGGCGGUUAAUCUUCAGAAGGAAGCCUCAAGAAGGACGCAUCGAAGAAGGCCGUGUCGAAGGAGGUCGUAUCAACGAGGAGCAGGGUGCUCAAAAUGCCGGCUCUGCGGCCGGCUUCGGCUCGACGACUAUAGCUUCCACAUAUGGGGGCGCCUCAAAUGUUUUCCUCCAUAGCCCUCGAAGCUAUCUCGUCCCCGAAGAUGAUCGGCUGAGGCUAUUCCGUCUUAUGAUGGGGAUUACCACCUCACCAUACCUCGGCUACAGCGAAUCGAGCCCUGUAGGGACGCGCCCUGCGGCUAACAUCGGCAUAUACGCACGAGUGGUACAUUCAGAACAGAAAUCCAAGGACCGUUAUAAGGUGUUUUCGAUCCUUAUCAACGUCUGCUACUUUCUACAGAUCGUAGUCGCGGCAUCUAUCACGGCCAUGGGAGCAGCGGGAGUCAGCCACGGCGCGGUGACGGCUUUUGGUGCCAUUAACACCAUCAUCGCGGGGAUUCUGACAUUCCUCAAGGGCAGCGGGUUACCCGGACGUCUUAAGUACUAUGGCAACGAAUGGAAGAAGAUUCGCGAAUUCAUCGAGCAGCGCGAGCGAGACUUCUCUCGCACCGGCUGUACUCUCGACGUCUACGAGGUCGUUGCGACUAUCGACCGAAUGUACAACAACACCAAACAGGAAAUCGAAAUGAACACCCCUGACAACUACAACUCGAUAACGGGUGGUAUGCGGUUUAGGAAUGGUAGUCACGAGAAGGUCGGCGGCGUCGACGUUACGCACCUCGACGACCUAGCCAGCCGACUCAGCGGCCUAACCGCUGGCCUUGAAGAUAAGGCACAGCACGCGAGAGACCGUAUACACGAGCAUGGAAGAGGAGUACAGGAGGAUAUACGCGGGAUAGGAGACACCGCUAAGGGUCAGGUGGAAGAGAGCGCCGCAUAUCUAGACAGAGAAGCCAGGGAGCGCCGCGCACAGGCGGCACGGGCCGUCGACCAAAGCAAGCGCGAGGUGUUGGAUAGCAAGGACCGGAUAGAGCAGACAGGAAGACAGGCGAUCAGGGAUGCGAGCGAAACUCAUAAGACGGCGAUAGGGGAGAUGAGGUCGGCAGCCUCCGCACAGAUGCACAGAGCUGUGGACAGGUUGGGACACCCUUACGAUCAUCACGAUCAUCACGAUUCAAAGCACGAGGAUGAAGGAUAAUGGUAAUUGAUAGGUAGGAGGGGUAUAUAUGCCCACCUGACAGAGGCACCGGAAUCUAAUAUGGAGCGUCACGGAAGGGGGAUGAGUUUAACGUAUGCGUGUACUAUUAUUAACCUAAGAUAUCCCAAGUUUGACGUAUAUACAUCUGAUGUCAAACUUAUAUUAUAAUUGCUAUGUAAUCACUAAUAGACACAAGAUGUCAUUGUUUCUA